GGCUUCUGGGCGAAGGAGGUCGGAGCGCUGAUGGGCCUGGACCUCCCCCUCGUCCCCAUCCACCACCAGUACGUGGUGACCUCCUCCAUCCCGGAGGUGCAGGCGCUCCGGCGGGAGAUCCCCGUGCUCCGGCACCUGGACGGCUCCUUCUACCUCCGCAUGGAGCGGGACGGCCUCCUCGUCGGGCCCUAUGAGUCGCAGGAGAGCAUGAGGAUGAGUGAGGAUUGGGUCACCGAUCGAGUGCCUCCCGGGUUCGGGAAAGAGCUGUUCCAGCCGGACCUGGACCGCCUGGCCCCCCACCUGGAGGUGGCGAUGGAGGCCGUGCCGUGUUUCGCCCGGGCCAGCAUCCAGACAGUGGUGAAUGGGCCCAUCACCUACUCCCCAGACCUCCUCCCGCUCGUAGGGCCCACAAGAGUGCCCAACGCUUGGCUUGCGGCUGGCUUCGGGUACGGGAUCAUCCACGCCGGCGGGAUGGGCAAGUACCUGGCCGACUGGAUGAUCCACGGGGAGCCGCCCUACGACCUCAUCGAGGUCGACCCCCUCCGCUACGGGAAGUGGACCGACAACGACUUCCUCUUUGCCAAGGCCAGGGAAUCCUACGGGUUGAACAACUCUCCGACCUAUCCCAAGGAAGAACGAUUUGCAGGCCGCCCAACCCAGCGAGUCAGCGGCAUCCACUCCGCCACGAAGCAGCGAGGGGCCUUCAUGCACUUCGCCGCCGGCUGGGAGGUCCCCGCCUGGUUCGCCAAGCCGGGCGUGCCCGCUCUAUACCAGCCGAGCUUCACCAGGACCAAUCACCACGAGCCGGUCCUGGCGGAGUGCGACCUGGUGACGAACACGGUCGGCGUCACCGACCUAACCGCCUUCGGCAAGUUCGAGAUCGUCGGCAGGGAUGCACGAAAGUUCCUGGACCACGCGACGGCGAACACGGUGCCCAAGGAAGGCCGGACCGCGAUCACGCACUGCCUCACGCCCAGGGGGAGGGUCUACGCGGAGAUCACCCUCACGUGCCUCGAGCGGGACACCAGGUGGCUGGAAGAGCAGGCCAGACUGGGGAAUUACCAGGUGGAAAUCGCGAAUCGAACCGACGAACUCGGCGUCCUCAGCAUCGCCGGCCCCAAGUCCAGGGAACUUCUGAGGAGGCUCACGACCGACGACGUCGACCGAUUCCCUUUUCUGUCCAUUCGAAAGAUGAACGUCGGCGGCGUGGACCUGCUGGCCCUGCGGAUUUCAUACACAGGGGAACUUGGAUGGGAAUUCUACCUGCCACGCGACAAGAUGGGACAGCUUUACGCCGCCAUCCUGGAUAAGGGCAGGGAUCUCGGUGUCGGCGACUUCGGGGGCAUGUGCUCCAACGUCCUGAGACUCGAGAAAGGCUUCCGUCUCUGGGGAGCCGAGAUGAACGUGGAUACCAACCCUCUCGAGGCCGGCCUCCAUAUGUUUCUCAACCUCAACAAGGAGUUUUUGGGCAAGAAAGCCAUCCUCGAAUACGAGGGCAGAGGUGUCUACCACAGGAAGCUGGUCAUGCUGGACGUCGACACCUCCAAUGUGGACCCAGAGGGCAAUGAGAGCAUAUGGUGCAGCGGAAAGGUUGUUGGCAACACGACCUCGGGAUGCUUCAGCCAUGCUCUCAAUCGGGGUCUGGCCUUCGCCUAUCUUCCACCUUUUCUGGCUCUUCCAGGGACACAAGUCGAUGUUGAACUUCUGGGGGAACACCGAACGGGGACGGUCCUGGCGAGGCCGCCGGUGGAGACGGAAGUGCAGCUCGAUGAAUCGGAUCGGAUUAUGGAAAUCCGUUCCAAGCUGACCUUGAGGGCCAGAGAGAGAGACUUCAAGGACGCGGAUGCCCUCACACGUUGUUUCGCGUGGAAAAGGAGAUUCGGCGUCGACAGCGACAAAGGUCACGACGCCACCACGAAGGACACUCGGACAUUCACACAUUCACACGCGAGACCGGUCACCCAGCGAAGGAGGACAUCCAGCCCGUAUCGGACCCUCCCAUCUCGAGAGCGGAGUGGAAGGCAUCGAGGGAGGACAGGGAGAGGGAGGGCAGGGGAAUGCCCCGGGAGGUGCGGAAUGGAAAGGGACUUCCGGCACCAGGUGAAGCACUGGGAGGCCUUCCGGUAUGGCGCGGAGGGCGAGGCGUGCUGCCUCUGCCGCGCGCCGGGGCGGGGAUCGCCCCUCUGCGGCGAGUGCCAUGCGUUCCUCUAUCCGGCGCGGGGGGCGCUGCUGUCGCACGAGCCGCUGAGGAAGCCUCGAAGGGCGUCGAAGCUGGCAUCGCCGCCGAGGGAGGCGCGCCUCCCGCAGGACGCGUUCGGCGCCCUCCCGGACGAGAUGCUGGAGGAGAUUUUUUCGUACUUGGACGACGUGUCGCUGUACUGCGCCUCGCGCGCCUGCAGGCGGUGGGGCGACAUUCUGGCCAGGGUGGAGGUGGGCCGGCGGUGGCGGGAAGGGACGCUGAGGCGGUGGCCGCUGCUGCGCGUGCCGCCGAGGAUGGGGCAGGGGGUGGAGUGGGGGCGGGUCUAUGCGGAUCUGGCCCGAAGCGCCCCGUGUCUCAAGUGCCUCCUCGAGUUGGGUCGCGAGGAGGGUGGCGAGUUCUGCAACGGGGCGACCGGCGGCCCACGGAACGCCCAGCCGCCCCUCGAAGGCUGGGACGCCCCAGGACGACUCUCGACCCUUCAGGCCUCGAUCGACGGCCCUUCCAACAGUCCAUACGAAGGCGGCCGCUUCUUCCUCGCCAUCCACCUUCAAUCCGACCGCCUUCCCCCCAACCGCCUCCCCUCCAGCCACCUUCCUCCACAGGUGCGCUUCCUCACCAAGAUCUUCCACCCAAACGUGAGCAGGCACGGGGACAUCGGCAUUGACUUCCUCCACGAGCCCUGGUCCCCCUCCCUCCGCCUCCACAAACUCCUCCUCAGUAUUCAGUGCCUCCUCACCAAUCCAUAUUCCUAUGUUUGCAUGGAGCCGGCCAUCGGGGAGCUGCACAGGCAGAAGCCGGAGGUGUUCGCGAGGAUCGCCGCGGCGUGGACUCGCAAAUUCGCCAUGCACGACCAUCUCCUCAUCUGAUGGGAGAAGAAUCCGGUGUCGGUGAUGCCUUUGUGACGGUGCCAUUUGUGACAAUUAUGUUUGUGACAGUGUCAAUUGUGACGAUUACGUUUGUGAUUGUCAUUUGUGACGAUUACGCUUGUGACAAAACGUUUGUGGCAGUGUCAUUUGUGACGGUCACGUUUGUGAUAGUGUCAAUUGUGAUCUACGGCUGAACUGAGCGCUUCAGAUUCUGCAUCUCACUCGAACUUAAAAGUUCCUCGCCUACGUGUUCUUUCUCAGUCGUGUCGCAAUUUAUUUUCCUCUUUUUUUCGCUUUUACCGCCAAACUGCCGCUAAACGGGCUUUCAUCGCACGUUCCUGUCAAACUCGUUGGAUUUCGAGGCAUGCCGGGAGGCGUUAACCGCUAGCCUGGAAACCAGGUUAUCCGAGGUUAACGCAUCGCCGUGCUGUCAAAUGUUGGAGAAAAUUUUUGUUUUUUAUGUAUUUUGGUUUUUCACAUUAACAUAUUUUACCACGCAGG